AUGCCGCCAGGAAACUUACCAUCAGAGACAUCUCCGUUGCUGGGUCCGCAAAGCAAUGGCCAUGCUUCGUACUCUUCAACGGCUGGGGGUGGCGGCGCCCAGCCCGAUCCCGCACUGGCCGAGCAAGGCCGUACGGGCCAGGAAGUAGACGCGGGCAAGGACAGCUCGCAGAGGGCAUUGAACAUCCGAUAUAUCUUUCCAGCGAUCUCAAUUGGGGUCUUCUUAUCUGCCGCCGACCAGACGAUUAUCGUGGCCAGCUAUGGAAAGAUUGGUUCUGAUCUGAAAGCUUUGAAUUUGACGAGCUGGAUCGCGACUUCGUACUUCCUGACUUUGACGUCCUUCCAGCCGCUGUAUGGCAAGUUAAGUGACAUAUUCGGUCGGAAGGCGUGUCUGUUGUUUGCCUAUGCUAUCUUCGGAAUAGGAUGUUUGUUCUGUGGUCUUGCACAGAAUAUUCACCAGCUUAUUGCUGCUCGUGUCUUCCAAGGUAUCGGAGGCGGCGGCAUGACCACUGUUGUUAGUAUUCUACUUAGCGAUAUCAUCCCUCUUCGUGAUAGAGGUGUUUGGCAGGGUGUCAUCAAUAUCAUAUAUGCAACUGGCUCUGGAAUUGGUGCACCGCUCGGCGGUGUUUUGUCUGAUUACAUUGGCUGGAGAUGGUAA